AUGGUCCCAGCUACGAAGAAGCUCAGUCGUGAGAGUCUUCGACGCAAUGGCAUUAUUAUUGAGAUGGAAAUCAGCGAGGACAACUGGCCAAAGGACAUUGCACAAGUCAAAGAUCGGAUCCUCUCGUUUGACUGUAUCAUUCCACCAAAAGAGGUCGCACGGGAGAGCCUCGAACCUCAUUUUUUGACCAAGCUGUACAAGCAACUACCACAGGCGAAGCGAGAUAGGUGGUUCAAGGGAGAAAUGGCAUGUAAUAGAGAGUGUCUCCCUGGACAGAAUGAGGCGAAAAACAGGCACCUGGAAAAUCUGACAACAGCGUAUACUCUUUACGAACAUGCAGUGGACUGGACGCACAAGGGUGGCAUGCACGAGGGUAGACUAGGAGACAAGCUCGCCGACUAUGUAUUCGAGGAAUGGAAGAAGCAUGCAGAUGGAACUUCAAUCAGCUCGGCUUAUAGUCGGUUUGGUGGUGAAUCCGCGACCACGUUCGGCCGAGACACAGUGUCCUUCAGUCAGGCAUGGCAUGUUCGCAAUUACUGGCACCGUCAAUGCUCCGUCGCCAAGCCAUUACACGAGAGUGAGAAGCUAUCAGUUCCCAAGCCGGACUGGUAUUUUGGGUUUCACAUACACAAUGAUAUCCGCCCUCCCCGGAAGACGGACAAAGAACAGUCUUACGUGGCAUUCUCAUUGACAGAGCUGAACCUCUUGGAAAAGGCCGAGGAAUUGCAUUCGUGUCCCCUGAUCUCGCUGAAUAAGUAUUGCGCCAACAUUCAAAAAUCUCCACGGCUGGCGAAAAUCCAGCGACGAAAACUAGGUAGUGAAGACGAGGUUCAUAGUGUAGGCUCGGGAUUCGAAGACAGCGAUUCCAAUGAACUUGACGAGUACGAGUAUACAACGACAGAAGAUGAGGACUACGAGCCAGGGAGCGAAGAAGAUGACAGCAGUGAUGGCAGUGACGGCAACCUGGAGGACGAUGAAGAUCUUGACUCUGAAACAGACGAAGAGCUCGCACCCAGCCGUGGAUACAGGUACAAAAGGUCGGAUGUGGAUGUUGCCGAAGGUGGAGACACAGACGGAACUGAUGCAUCUGACAUUGAAACAGGGACCUCCCGCAGAAAAUUUGAAGAUUAUAAGCUGACCUGUUACCCAUGGGCGGUGGUUGAAGUAAAGAAGCCUGGCGCAUCCCCCCAGGACACCGAGGAAUGUUAUUACCAGGUGGCAAACGGUAGCUCCGCCUGCGUCGCAUUGCUUCGGGGACUAUCAGACGGCCCAGCGCAUGAUUACCAUCAUCCAGUGGUUGCCAUGACAUUCGUUGGACGAGAUGCCAGAGUGUUUCUGACCUAUGCGGAGCCACUCAAUGGCGACCACGAUGCCGACGAUGACGGUGAGACAAUCAUUCUAUAUGUAAGUCUGAUCCAAUUCUUCUCGAACCCCACUAAUCAAAGACCUCCUUUCAUUGCUGACGGGGCCAUCCAUCUAGCGAAUGAGAUGCAUCUGGAAAGGGCGAUUGGAUGUGCUCUGGAAGGCGCUGCAACUCCGACGCAUGCUUGA